AUGAAUAAGACUUUCAUGACGCUCAAUAAACCAAUACGCUACUGUAAGCAAUGCAGUGUGUGUGAAUGCGCCAAGUUCCGUGCUCGUAGACCGGAGAUCUUGAAAAAUCCAGUCGAUUUGCCGAACACAGUGAGAGCGCACUUAUCGGGUAAGGCUGGAAAUGUGGUUAAAUGCCCAGUGUGCUUAACAAGCAUUAUCAUAGCAGCCGGGGACCCAGCAAUAGACUACAAAAAAGCAGAUCCUGAAAUGGAUGAAUAUGUUUUCCCCAGGCUGAGUUUCACAUCAGAAAAUGGUUAUGUGAGUAUUUGUCAUUCGUGUGAUACUGGGGAAGCGGAGGUUAAAUGUAUUGAGUGCAACCAGAAACUUUGUUUUGAUUGUGUACGUUCACAUUUACGAGCCAAAGCAACCAAACGUCACCAUGUUACGGGUAUCGUAGAUCCAGACUCCACUCCGACUCUGUCGAGAUCACCCUCCCCUCUAAGAGUUAACCCAAGAACUCGCACCCCGUCACCCAUCAGGAAUGGACGUGCUAGGUCUAAAUCGCCUAUCCGGAACGGUAGAGCGAGAUCACCUUCCCCUAUUCGAAACGGACGCAGUAGAACACCUUCGCCAACCAGGAAUGUGAGUUUGAAUCGCAGGAGGGGUCUUUCCCCUAAGAGGCACGACAGCACUAGAAGUGCUUCCCCCAAAAGAAGUACAAACAGCGAUAUGCCAUUCGGAUCAUAUUUUGCAGAUUCGGGAGUAGAAGACUCGCUUUCUCCGAUAUCACCAUUUGAAAGCUACUCAUUUACUCCGAAUCAACAAGUUACUUUCAACCCUAGGUUGUCACAACUGUCGAUUGAAGAUGCAUAUCAAAGAGGGAAUUCUCCACGCCCCAACGAGAGAAAGCAAUUUGAUUACAAUCCGGUGACAAAUUCUUUCAGCAGCUGGAAAAACGACUUCAACCAGAUCACCAUGUUUGAGUUACCGAGCUUCGUCUUGGCAAUGUGCGCAGGUUCCAGAGAUCAGUGUUGGAUAGCAGAGGCCAAGUCGUCCGCUAUCCAUUUGUACAAUGUCGACGGAAAGCACGUAAAAAGCGUGGAAAUCUACAACGAGGUACGGGAUAUGGUCGUCAACAAAGCAACUGACGAGCUUUUUGUCUCCUGUUUCCCUAGCAAGCAUAUCAAAGUUGUGAACUCUGUUGGUGAAGUCGACAUUUUCGCUACAUCUUCUCUUCAUCCCGCUGGGAUCAGCGUCAACAGCCAUGGUGACGUCAUUGUUUGUGCAGUGGAGGACUUGCGCCGACGCUACAAACCGGAACACAAAAACUGCUUGCAGGUGUACAGCAAAGAAGGUCGUCUGAAACGGGAAAUAGAACGCGAUAUCAACGGAGACAAGAUCUUUGCUUAUCCCGAGUACAUCGAUAUCAACAUCAGUGGCGACAUGAUUGUAUCCGACAUUGAAAGAGAACACGUUGUCAUACUCCAUGGCGAUGGCAAGGUCAAACUGAUCUACAAAGGUCCCCCCAAAGGUACUUUAGAUAAACCUUUUGACCCUCGUGACGUCAAAUGUGAUAAGGAUGGGAACAUAAUAGUCUGCGACAUCAACAACAACUCGCUUCAUCUUCUGGACAUCAACGGCGCCUUUAUCCGCCUGCUUCUUUCAGAGGAAAAUGGUCUCUACUGGCCCGACGUCGUUGCUAUUGACAACCAUGGUCACAUUUGGGUCAGGGAACUAUGGCAACACACGGUGAAAAUUUUCAAGAAUGUGUGAUAAAAUGCUGACUGUGAUAUUUUUUCACAACAGAUUAACCAUUGUGGAAUAAGGUCAGGGUGAUUAGCAGGGAUUAACGUUACGAGAGGAUUAGUUACUAGUAUGAAUGAAUUGCAGUAUUAAUUAUUUAUUUUUGUUCUGUUAAAUGUUUUCUUGCCGUUUGGUUACUGCAUACUACCGCAAUCUAUACAGACCUUUUACUUUAUACAAGCAAUAGAUUCGAGAUCGAAUGAGAAAAUUAUAGCCCAGUAUAAAGGUGUAAAAAAAAUCUUCGAAUUGAAAUGCAAUGAGCCUUCAAUGUUAUAAUUUACUUCUUAUUGAGAGAAUGUCUAUAUUGUCGAUGUUGACAAUGACGUUUGGGCUUUGAUGGCGACGUGGUAAAACUUGCUUUAAAGAAUAAUGCGUGGACAAUCCCUCAACCACUGAAACACGAACCUUAAAUAAUAAAACUGAUCAUCCUGUUCAAAAGUUUUGUCCCAAACUAUUUAUUCAUUUUUUUUUUCAAUUAUUCAUACAUGUAUAAUGUUCUAUUUCUGUCUCUUUGGGGUUGUUUUCGAAAUACAUUCACAAUACGUUAUGGAUGACAAAAAGAUAUGAAAACUCUUUUAGUGAAAUGAUUGGGUAGUAUACAAAAGGUUUAAAUUGAAAUGAAAUUUAAAAGCUUUUAUAUUAUACUAGCUAAAGCCUGCCUUUUAAUUUUGCUAUCUACACGAUUAUGUCGAAUUCAUGUGUCAGACUAAGUGCCUGAUAUAUAAGUACCGUUAUCAAUUAGAACUCGAAGAAAUUUAAUAAAUUAGGGCUGGCAUUCCGAAAUACCAUAAAUAUGUAAUGUUCAAGGAUGAAGUGGAAGCAUAUAUCAUCUGAUUUAUAGCUAAAUAUGUCAAAUGAAAGUGUACCUCUGAAAUAUUUUUUAGAACUUUAAUCAAAGUUUGAAAUGAAAGCACAUCUUCAGAAUGAAAUAUUGAUACAAGAUUGAGCAUUACGUCUUUAUAAUACAUAAAUUUUAAUUUUAAUCAAUGUCGAAGAUGAUGUAUUUCCAUAAAAGCUCAGAAAGCAAAAUUGAUAUGGCAGGUUUUUAAGGUGCUAAUUUUUCAUUUAUUGAAAGAGAUUUAAAUGCGGCAUUAUGUCGUAUUCAGUACAGGUGGAUAGGUUAUCGCGAGUAUUUAGAAGGUAGAAAUAUCUUUAGAUAAAGAGAGAAGUUGAUAUUUGAAUUCUCUUAUUUACCAUGUUAGACGUGCGUGUUUGAUUUCUUGCUGAGGUUCUUAAUUUUUGUUUAACUGCCAACUGCUGAGAAUAACAUUAAAUUAAAAAAAGAAAAUAAACCUCCCAGAGAAGAAAUCCAAUUUGUUCCUUAAAGUUUUGGCAUGAUAUCUGUUCCACGGGGGAGCAUACAUUGCUAUAAUUCAAAUAUGUAAAUCAUCUUUUAUAACGCGAAUUGUCCUCAAC